AUGGGAGGAAAAAAGAAACCGAACAAGGGAAAAGGAGAUGCAGAAGAUAAGUAUGAUCCAGCUCAGAUGACUAUCAUAUUAUAAGCUUAGGUUUAAUCUCUCAAGGAGAGACUUGUACUCGAGCAAGAACGUAAAGAUAAAAGCAGAUCUACUGAAGAAACCAUCAGGUAGCGCGAAAGAGAGAUGUGUGAAAGUCUUGAGGAGCAAUAAAAGAAGACAAAACUUGUUGUCAAUGAGAUGACAGAGCAGUAUAAGAGAAUGGAAAAAGACUUACAAGAGAAGAUAGGCAAGUUACACAAUCAAGUCACUGGCUAAGAAGAUAACAUCACUCAACUUAAGCACGAUCUCACCAGACUUAAUAAUGAGAAGGAGGAGAUGAUUUCAACAAAAGAUGAAGAAAUAAGAGAGCUUAAGAAGAGAAUUGAUGAAAUGAGCAGUGACUUUGCUGAAAUGCUUAAAGAUACUCUCACUAAGAUGCAAGAGAGAAUCGAAUUCGCUAAUAAAUAAUGGGAAGAUGAUAAUGAUGCAAACAUGCUAAAGAAAUUUGAAGAGAUGGCAUCAGGGAGAUGA